UGCCAACAGACCUCCUCCCGUGCGAGUAUCGCUCGGCUUUUACAGUCGCUCGUCGACCCGCCGACCUACAGGACCACAAGUGUACAUACGGUGUCCUCCUCCGCUCGCUCCUUUCCCCAAAGUGAUGACUGACUCGGUCGCGACUGCGAGCUCGCAUGGCCACUGCAAUACGGCGUUUCGUCAGUUGAUCAGCGAGAAAUAGGGGAAGACAACUCGUGGCUCGAUAGUGCCGUUCGAGGAUGAUCGACUCGGUAUGAUCCGCGACCGAGCACUCGUCACGAUGCCUUGGUGAACGAACCACGCGCACACUCGGUCAACGCCAAACAAGGACCAAGGAGGAAGCAGUUGUCUAGUAGGCUUUGGCAACGGAACCACCGAGUCAAGAUGCAAGCGAACGCGAGGAUACUGUUGUUGGUGCUGCUGUCGAGCUGCGGUCGGAUAAUCUGCGACAGCGAAGAGACGAUCAUCGGCCGACAAUCGAUCAUACCAACUAUGGAUUCCAGUGAACCUGCCAAAGACCAUAUAGCCGACGCGAGUCCUGUGCAGUUUAAUCCCCGUCCAACGUCCAAUUGGACGACGCUCGUCGAAGCCCUCGACAUAUUUAGUGCGAGAAAUUUGGCGAAUAACUGGGUCGAAGGCGCGUACAAUUUGAAUCAAGAGUGCGAGAGAGAUAUCACGAGAUACAUCGAGGGACUCAGGCGACAGGAAAUUUGGGCCCUCAAGAUGGACGACGCGACGGGUCGUUACACGAACGGCUUCUAUUGGGGCAACACGUACUACGUGGGCUCGGCAUCGGAAUGCGAAUUUAUCGGCCAGGGCACCUCUCGAUUGUCGUCGACGGCAUCGGUGAGCGAAGCCGAGGAGUUCAACGCCGAGCCGCACAGGAAACACGCCAAUGGUGGACACAGUGGCCAGUUGCUCGCGCUGCCCGACGACUUCGAUGACCGACCACCGUAUCCACUCGGAUUUUUCAUGAUGAGGAUCGCCGUCAACGGAUCUUUCUCACCCGUGACGAGACUGCUGCACCUGGGCGCCUGCCUGCCGUUCUCCUGCGGCGCCGCCGACGUGGCCGUGAUCGCUCGACUGGCAGCCGGCGACAAUGCCGCCAGGCACUCGUACGUCGAGAGAGUCCGCGACCAGCGCAACGCCUACGACAUGUACGCCGACGGCGUCUUCUGGAUCUUGUUCGGCGUGAGCGCGGCCGUGCUGUUCCUGCUGAUCGCGGGCACGAGCUACGACGUCUACUCGGCGAAGAAGAUGGCCCGCAAGCAGAACUCGUACGACCUGGAGAAGCACGUGAAGCUGGAGCAGCUCGCCAACGGCCACGCCAAGAUCCGCAACGCCUCUCAAGGUACGGCCUACAUUCCUGUUCCAGUAGCCGAGCCCGUGGUCGUCGGACCGCCGGUCAACAACAACAACGACCACGAGGGCAGCCUGCGCUCAGCCACGCCCGACCCGACGAAGCCGAGCGUCUGGGAGGAGCUGCUGCUGUCGUUCUCGAUACGCGCCAACGUCCGCGUGAUCUGCGAGGGCGAGGUCGGUCGCGACACCAUAAGCACCAUCCACGGGCUGCGCGCCAUCUCGAUGGCCUGGGUGAUCCUCGGCCACACGUGCAUCGUCGUGUUCAAGUACUCGGACAACAUGGAGUACCGCAAGGUGGUGCAGAAGCGCUUCCUCUUCCAGACCAUACAGAACGGGGCGUUCAGCGUGGACACGUUCUUCUUCAUGGGCGGGCUGCUCGUUAGCUUCCUCUACUUCCGCACCAACGCCAAGGGCGACCUGAACAGACUGACCCAGGGCACGCGCGGCUUCGUGGCCGGCUGCCUCAAGUUCCUGGGCUUCCUGGGCUACCGGUUCAGCCGACUCACCGCGCCCUACAUGUUCGUCCUCGGUGUCACCCAGAUAUCCAUGAAGUGGUUCCACCACAACUCGGUCUUCGAGCCACCCUCCGCCGACCACGAGAACUGCCCCAACUACUGGUGGAGGAACCUGCUCUACAUCAACACGCUCUAUCCCGUGGACCAAAUGUGCAUGCUGUGGAGCUGGUACCUGGCGGACGACACGCAGUUCUACGUCGUGGGCGCGGUCAUACUGAUCCUCGCGACCAACCACUUCCGGAUCGCGGCGAGCGCGCUGCUGGCGCUGAUGGUGAGCUCGUGGAUCACCACCGGCUACAUCGCCCUCGUCAACAAUCACAUGCCCCACACCGACGACCCGCUGGCGCUCUUCGACAAAAUCUACGACAAGCCCUGGACCAGACUCGGCCCUUAUCUCAUCGGCAUGGCCGUCGGCUAUUACCUCUUCAAGACUGACUGCAAAGUUCACAUGUCCAAGGCCACCGUUUUCAUUGGCUGGCUGCUCUCGACCGCCUGUCUGCUGAGUUUGCUCUACGGCCUCUACGAGGCUGAGUUAUCCGCCGCGGCUGGUGCUGCUUACUCGUCCUUGAGCCAUAGCGCUUGGGCUCUCGGUUUGGCGUGGAUCGUCGUGGCUUGCAGUACCGGAUACGGAGGCUACGUCAAUGAUAUUUUAUCAGCCCCGAUACUCUACCCAUUCAGUAGAGUCACUUACUGCGCUUAUUUGGUUCAUCCGAUUGUCAUCAGACUGACAGCGAUGAACAUGGACUCGCCCCUUCACUUAGGGAAAGAUAGCGUAAUGAUCACGUUCUUCGGACAAGUGGUGGCGUCGUACAUUCUGUCUUUCGUCAUAUCGAUAUCGUUCGAAGCCCCAGUAGUCAGUAUGCUGAAGAUUUUGUCACCAAAGAAGAGAACACGCAUCUAGUGAGAAG